UAUUCACACAGACUACAAAAUCCAAGUUGUAUAUAAACCCAUCACUCUUCUUCGUCAAUCUCACUCUCUCAUUUCCACUCUCACUUUUUCAUUGCAAAAAUAAACACAUUUUUAAUAUGGUCGGCCAAAUGAAAUCAAUUCUCUUCUUAUUCAUUUUCCUUGUUCUCUCAAAAACCGUCAUAUCAGCUAGAAAACCAUCCAAAUCGCAACCAAAACCGUGCAAAAACUUUGUCCUCUACUACCACGACAUAAUGUUUGGCGUCGACGACGUCCAAAACGCGACUUCUGCAGCCAUUACCAACCCGCCGGGCCUCGGGAAUUUCAAAUUCGGAAAACUCGUGAUCUUCGACGAUCCCAUGACCAUAGACAAAAACUUUCAAUCCGAACCUGUAGCACGUGCUCAAGGAUUCUAUUUCUACGACAUGAAGAACGAUUACAAUGCAUGGUUCGCGUACACACUCGUGUUCAACUCGACUCAACACAAAGGGACGUUGAACAUAAUGGGAGCAGAUCUUAUGAUGGUGCAGAGUAGAGAUUUGUCUGUGGUCGGAGGGACAGGCGAUUUUUUCAUGUCUCGAGGGAUUGUUACGUUUGAGACUGAUACCUUUGAAGGUGCUAAGUAUUUUAGGGUCAAGAUGGAUAUCAAACUCUAUGAUUGUUACUAAAAGAGACCAUUAAAUGGUUCCGGAGACCGAGAGAAAGAGAGGCUGAAUACUUUGAAACUUUUGAUAAUUGAAUAAGUUUAAGUACUUGUGUAACAAUAAUCUUAUAUUAUUUUAUAUUUUCUGUCUGAUUUGUGGUUUGGUGUAUUAUAUGAUUUGUUAUGUCAUAUGUGUUGUUUGAUAAAAACAAACACUGUGUUAUACAAUAUCAGAUUUUGAUUACUACUUAAAA